AUGGUAAGAAAUUAUAUUAAGAAAAGAACAGUGAAUGUUGAAUUGAAGGAAAGGAAUAUUCAAGAGGCAAUAAAUGAAGUAAAAGAUGGCAAAUGUGCCAAAAGAGCUGCAGAAGAUAAUGGUGUUAAGUACACAACAUUAUAUUAUAGAUUAAAAAAGUUAAAAACGCCUGAAGGUGAGUGGAUACCCCAAAUAGAACCAAAAUUUAACUCCAAAUACACAGUAAACCAAGUUUUUAGCCAAGUUCAAGUAUUCCUCCUUGUUGAAUAUAUCAUAAAAUGUUCAGAAAUUAACUAUGGUCUAACUUGUAAACAAAUUAGAAAAUUAGCUUAUGAUUAUUCUUUAAAAUCAAACAUUAAGGGACCCAAAGCAUGGUCGGAAAAUUGUAUAGCUGGUAUUGAUUGGUAA